GGCUGUCUAUGAAAAGAAAGGAGUGCAGUGGGACAUUUGCUAAGAGGGUUCAGUGUUCAGCUUCAGAACAGCCACCUCCAGCCUGGCCUGGAAGAGUUGUUGCUGAACCAGGCAGGCAGAGUUGGGAUGGUCCAAAGCCUAUCUCUAUUGUUGGGUCAACUGGCUCUAUAGGAACUCAGACAUUAGAUAUAGUUGCUGAGAAUCCAGACAAGUUUAGAGUUGUUGCACUUGCUGCUGGUUCAAAUGUGACUCUUCUUGCUGAUCAGGUCAAAACAUUCAGACCAAAACUAGUUGCUAUUAGAAAUGAGUCAUUGGUUGAGGAACUCAAAGAUGCUCUUGCAGAUAUGGAAGACAAGCCUGAGAUUAUACCUGGGGAGCAGGGUGUCAUCGAGGUUGCCCGCCAUCCGGAUGCUGUCACCGUAGUUACAGGAAUAGUUGGCUGUGCAGGUUUAAAGCCUACAGUGGCUGCCAUAGAAGCAGGAAAGGACAUUGCUUUGGCCAAUAAAGAGACUCUAAUUGCUGGUGGUCCAUUUGUCCUUCCUCUUGCACACAAGCAUAAAGUGAAGAUUCUUCCAGCGGACUCAGAACAUUCAGCUAUAUUCCAGUGCAUACAAGGCUUGCCAGAGGGUGCUCUUAGGCGCAUCAUAUUAACUGCUUCUAGAGGGGCUUUCAGGGACUGGCCGAUGAAGAAAUUUCCGUCGAUUUCCAAGGCCUUCCAUGUACAAAGAUGGGUUUUUAUUUUAAGUUUAUUCAUUAUUUUUUUAAUUCAUCCGAUAGUUAUUUAUUUUCUUACUAACAUUUUUAUUAAGUCUCACGCAGGUAUCCGGAGUUACUUUUUGAAGAUGGCACUCAAAAGAAGUUCAAAUAGCUUCUUAAAUUCUUUGUUUAUAUUUUCUUUUACAUUCUUAAAUUAUGCAAGCAUAAAAUAUAGUGAAACUUUACUUUUUAGGGUGUAGGUUGGUUGUAUUUAUUUAUGAUCUGCUUAGGUGAUUUAAAUUUUAUGUGUUUUAGACAAAUUAAUUUUAGGCAGUUAUUAUUUUUGUAGCUAAUAUUCUUAUAGUUA